GUGCCCCCGGGGCUCGGCCCCGCACCGGCAGGGCUCGCAGGCCGGCACCAUGGCGGAGGCCGCGGGAGAGCUCCCUCAGGGCAGCAGGAAGGGCGGGGAGCCGCCGCACGCCGCCGGCCGGAGCCCUUGCUGAUGGCGGGUGCCUGGAGGAUGGGGCCCGGGGCCGUCCCGUGGAUGAUGAUGCUCUGUCUGCUCUGCCUGCCGCCCUGGGCCAGGGCCCAGACGAAGAUCCCGCUGGAGACGGUGAAGUCCUGGGCAGAUGCCUUUGGUGGGGAGCUGUACUCCAUUGUGACUAAGUAUUCAGGCUCUCUCCUGUUGCAGAAGAAGUACAAAGAUGUGGAGCCAACUCUGAAGAUCAAGGAGGUGGAUGGCUUGGAGCUGGUGAAGAAGUUCUCGGAGCAGAUGGAGAGCAUGCUCCGCAGGAAGGUGGAAGCUGUUGAGAGGCUGGUGGAAGCAGCAGAAGAUGCAGAUCUGAACCAUGAGUACAACUCCUCACUGGAGUUUGAUUACUACAACUCUCAGCUGAUUAAUGAUAAGGAUGAAAAUGACAAUUAUGUGGAGCUUGGGGAUGAAUUCAUUCUGGAGCCAAAUGAGCAUUUCAAUAACCUGCUGGUGAACACAACCUACAGCGAUAUCCAGCUGCCCACCAAUGUCUACAACAAAGACCCUGCCAUACUCAAUGGAGUUUACAUGUCAGAAGCCCUGAAUCCCAUUUUUGUAGACAACUUUGAAAGGGAUCCCACACUGACCUGGCAGUACUUUGGCAGCUCCACUGGAUUCUUCAGGCUGUACCCAGGAAUAAAGUGGUUACCAGAUGAGAACGGAGUCAUCUCCUUUGACUGCAGAAACCGUGGCUGGUACAUCCAAGCAGCCACCUCUCCCAAGGACAUUGUCAUCAUUGUGGAUGUCAGUGGCAGCAUGAAGGGCCUGAGGAUGACCAUUGCCAAGCACACCAUCGUCACCAUUUUGGAUACUCUGGGAGAAAAUGACUUUGUCAACAUCAUUGCAUACAAUGAUUAUGUUCAUUUUAUUGAGCCCUGUUUUAAGGGUAUCCUGGUCCAAGCAGACAGAGAUAACAGAGAGCACUUCAAGCAGCUGGUGGAGGAACUGCAGGCAAAAGGAGUGGGGACUGUGAACAAGGCUUUGACAGAGUCCUUCAAAAUCCUGAGAGAGUUCAGAGAUGCUGGCCAAGGAGGUCUGUGUAACCAAGCCAUCAUGCUGAUCACCGAUGGAGCCGUGGAGGAUUAUGAAGCUGUGUUUGAAAAAUACAACUGGCCCGAUCGGAAGGUCCGGGUGUUCACGUACCUCAUAGGACGGGAGGUCACUUUUGCCCCGAACGUGAAAUGGAUCGCCUGCAACAACAAAGGCUACUACACUCAGAUCUCCACGCUGGCAGAUGUCCAGGAGAAUGUCAUGGAGUACCUGCACGUGCUCAGCCGGCCCAUGGUCAUCAACCACGACCACGACAUCAUCUGGACCGAAGCCUACAUGGACAGCGCGCUCUUUGCAUCGCAGGCCCAGAGCCUGCUGCUCAUGACGACGGUGGCCAUGCCAGUGUUCAGCAAGAAGAACGAGACGCGGUCCCAUGGCAUUCUUCUGGGUGUGGUGGGCUCUGAUGUACCACUGAGGGAGUUGUUAAAACUUGCCCCACGCUAUAAGCUGGGUGUCCAUGGCUACGCCUUCCUGAACACCAACAAUGGCUACAUCCUUUCACACCCAGACCUCCGUCCUUUGUAUAAAGAAGGAAAGAAACUGAAGCCGAAGCCGAACUACAACAGCGUCGAUCUUUCAGAGGUGGAGUGGGAAGAUCGGGAUGAAAUACUCAGAAGUGCUAUGAUCAAUGGGGAAACAGGCUACCUGUCCAUGGAUGUGAAGGUCCCUGUGGACAAAGGGAAACGAGUUCUCUUCCUCACCAAUGAUUAUUUCUUCACGGACAUCAGUGGCACGCCCUUCAGCCUGGGUGUUGUGCUGUCCAGAGGGCACGGGGAGUACAUUCUGCUGGGGAACACUUCAGUGGAAGAAGGUUUGCAUGACUUGCUCCAGCCAGACCUGUCUUUAGCAAAUGAAUGGAUUUACUGCAUCACCGACAUUGAUCCCGACCACCGGAAGCUCAGCCAGCUGGAGGCUGUGAUCCGUUUCCUCACUGGAGAGGAGCCUGACCUGGAAUGUGAUGAAGAAUUGGUCCAGGAAGUGCUGUUUGAUGCAGUGGUCACUGCCCCCAUGGAGGCCUACUGGACAACACUAGCACUCAACAUGUCCUUGGAUACUGAGGCAGGCGUUGAGAUGGCGUUUCUGGGCACUCGGGCUGGACUCAUGAGGAGUGCCCUGUAUGUGGGCUCUGAGAAGAUUUCCAACAAGAAAUUCCUGACGCAGAAGGACAAGGAAAGCAUCUUCACCAUGGACCACUUCCCUCUGUGGUACCGCAGGGCGGCCGAGCAUCCCCCCGGCAGCUUCAUCUACAGCAUUGUCUCAGAAGAUGAUUCAGAGGGGGGUGGCCUGCCAAAAGUGGUGACAGUGAGCACGGCUGUGUCGGUGUCUGUGGAUGGGAAGAUGGGAAUUGCUGCAGCGGUGGGUGUGCAAAUAAAGCUGGAUUUGCUCCAACGCAAGUUUUGGAUGGCCAUGCAACAGCCCAAUGACACUGAUUGCAGUGGCUUGGAUGGUGCCUGUCCACUCAGCUGUCAGGAUGAUAUUCUGAACUGCUUCCUCAUUGACAACAAUGGCUUUAUACUUGUUUCCAAAAUACCUGAAGAGACUGGAAAAUUUUUUGGUGCAGUGGAUGGCUCAGUGAUGACCCAGCUGCUAAACAUGGGCAUGUUCAGGCGAGUGACCAUGUAUGAUUACCAGGCCAUGUGCAAGGUGCCCUACCACCACCACAGCGGCGCCCGCCCCCUGCUCAGCCCAAUUUAUGCCUUUGUAGCUGCAGUGAAGUGGCUGAUAAGUGAUUUCAUCAUCUUCCUUUUGGAGUUUAACAUGAGUAGCUUCUGGCACUCAGACAACUUGGCAGAUGCCAAGGCUGUCUUCCAUCACUCCCACAAGCACAAGAAGCACGACACGCUGCAGCCCUGCGACACCGAGUACCCCGUGUUCGUCUACGAGCCGGCCAUCAGGGAGACCAACGGGCUCAUCGACUGUGGAGACUGCCAGAAGAUGUUUGUGGCACAGCAGAUCAUCAGCAGUAACCUCCUGCUCCUCGUCACGGACACCGCCUGCGAUUGCAGUGUCUUCCCACCCGUCCCCAUGGAUGCAAAAGAAGUCAAAUACAACGCUUCGGUGAAGUGCGAGCGGAUGCGCUCCCAGAAGCUGCGGCGCCGGCCGGACUCGUGCCACGCCUUCCACCCCGAGGAAAAUGCCCAGGACUGCGGUGGCGCUGCUGGGAUCUCCGUGUGUCCGGCGCUGCUGCUGCUGCCCCUGGUGCUGCUGCUGCGGUGACGCCGCCCGCGGUGCUCCUUACGGGGCAGAACCCGGCCGGACCGAGCCGUGCCAGGCCAGGCCAGGACAUGGGGUCCCCUUCUGCGACACCCCCGCCACUUCCCGAGGUGUCCUUCAGCACAGGGUGCAGCACGGAGCUGCUGCCUCCUCGGAAGCCAAGGGAGAUGCAGAAGCAGCAGGGGCAGCUCCUGGCACAGCAGCUGCUGAGCGGCUCCUCCAGACCCCGCUCACGGCAUGGAGAGCAUUCCACAUCUGCUCGGAGGGGCAGAGCUGGCUCCGGGAGAGCAGGAGGGGCAGGGGACAGCGCCUGCCUGUCCCUCGGGGUGAGCCACUGGGAUUCUGAAGGGCCGGCUCUGGAAGCAGCAUGUCCCGGUGUUGGGGACAGGGCAGCAAAGCUGAGCUGCAGCAGCCUCAGCCGGGGCUGGACAGUGGGAGGCAGCACAGCUCAGCUGCAGAGCUGCAGCCUGCCCAGGAGAGCUCUCCUAACACUGCUAGAGCAGCGUCCAGGUUCUUGUCUACAGCUGGAGAGGGUUUUUGUGUGACCCACCAGAACAGACUUACCUGCUCUCUUCAUUGCAGAAGCAGCCAAGAAACAGGCACUUUUCCCCUGGGAGCAGCACUGCCCUGCUCCUUGCAGCUUGGUUGUGCCCUGCUCUGAGCCUGGCAUUCCCAGCUGGUGGGCACGGGCCACUUCUCACAGAGCUUUAUGGACAACGGGUGGGAAGCACCCAUUUUUCUUGUUUUUUUCUUUUUUAUGAACUGUUCCAUACCAUCUCAUUAAAAACAAAUAUAUGGCAUAUUCUACAUAGACAGCAUAGCUUCAGCAUGUUUGGUGGUCAUCACAGCCCUACACAAAUCCCAGAAACCCGUGGGGACAGGGAGUGGCUGGAGGGACUGCAGGCACAGCUGUGGUGGCCCCAGGACAGCAGGAAGGCCGGAUGGGAAAGGGCUUCAUCCUGACAGCAGCUCUGUCCCUGCCCUGCACAGCAGGCACCCACAAGUGCAUUCCAGGCAUGCUGUCCUUCUUGCCACCCGUGUCACCUGACACUGAGGGGAGAGGAUCAGGUCCUGGCAGGGACAUUCCAGGACCUUAGAGCUCCCCCUGUGUGGUUUUGCCUGGCUGGAGGUGAUGUUACAGCAAAGAGGAGAGGAACCACUGCAGCACUGGAAGGAAAACUGGAGGUGGAGAAGGUUCCAGGCUUCAGAGGCAGUGACCUUAUCAGAGCCAGCAGCAGCCAGGGGAGGUGAAGGCAGGGCAGAGGGAGAAGGGGCGGCUGUCAAGGCCCAGGAGCUGCUCAGAGAUGGAGAAGCCCCUGGCUCAGGGCACCCCUGGGCUGGCACAGCUCCCCCAGCCCCACGUGCCUGCCCUCCCAGGGCACCACGCUCAAGGAUGACCUCCCUGUCAGAAAGGAUUAGCACCCCAUGCCCACUCAGCUUAAACAGGACAUAAAAAUGCACAUUGCUCUGCUCUGGAUGAGCCGUGCUUGGCUUCAGGUGCACUGAUCCACAAUAAACACGGUCCUGCAGGGAUACCUGCCCUGAGAGAGUGAAGAUGAGAGCUGUACCUGGCUUGGUUGGCUCAGGGAGUUUGUCCACUGAGCUAACUGGAGGGAAUGGACAGAGAACUGGAUUAUUUCUUGCCUGACUCAAACUCUGAGCACACACCAGGAACAGCUCCCCAGGUCUUUUUGUUUGGAGCAAAGCAGACCAUAAGCAAACCUACCCAGUUCUGGGCUCCAGCACAGGGUUAAGCAAAUUCUAUUUCAUGCUCUGACAGAGAUAGUGACUCAUGGCCCUUUCAGCAAGAGAAAAAUCCCAGGAAGAGCAGCUGCCUUAGCUUCCAACUUCUUCAGCCAUGUGCUGGGCACAGCAGAUGAAAAUAGGUCAGCAAGAGCAAACAGCGAGCAGAGGCACACAGCAGCUGUGAGAGGAGCCACCUCGCACUUCCACCUGAGCAGCAUCCUGCUGCCAUCCUGAUCCCCUAAACCCCAGCUGUCCCUCCUGUCCCAUCCACCCCUGGCAGCACAGAGAGCAGCCCCAGAGGCAGCAGGGUUUGUUCUGCUGGGGGAAGAUGCAAUGGGAGAAAAUUCCCGAGUGGUGUUCUGCAGCCAGAGCUGUGCCUCAGACCUCACUGCUGCACACAUCAGGGGCUUCACAAGCCCCAGUUCUGCAGCUGAUUUCCCUGCAGGCAGGGGGACAGGGAGCUGAAUUCUCUCCUCACAGGCUUCACAAGCACCACACUGCAGGCUGAGGUAAGCCUGGCUGUCCCCCAGGCGCCGUGGUGGGCAGGGACACACACCUUGCACAGCAUCACACACACAGGCCCUGCCCUGGAUCAUGGCUGGGCAGAGCAGGCUGCUGGCUACACCUUCCAGUGUGAUGACUUCAUUCUACAAAACAGUGGGGAAAUCAGUGGGAUUUACAGCAGUAAAUGUUUGCAGCUGUUUGCAGUUGGGAUCAGGCACAAAAGGAGGCUGGCCUGAGUUGGCUUAGACUUAGCAAGAGACUGGCACACGCCAGGCUGGGCACAGCAGUGGCCACAGCCAGGAGCCACACGCCCCAAGUUGUUAAGAGGGGUGUGUGGGGGGUGUGUGGCCCAUCUCUGGCACAGGGAAGGACCACUACCACAGUUCUGCUUGGUUUCGUGCACACCUCAGGCUCCUCAGAGUAUUUUUCAGCAUGCUUUUUCUGCUGAGAGAGCCAGUGGCACUGUCAGCACAGAAACCCUGGGCUCUCACAAGCCUCUGCUUGCAGGGGAGCAGGGCUCAGGGCAGCCCAAUGCAGCAGAUGCUCCAAAGCAAGCAGAGAAGAGCAUCAAACACCCAUGUGCCAAACACUCCAUCACCAGCUGGGCCCUCUCUGAGGGGGGAUUGCUGCUCCUGUCCCCCCAGGGCACUGCAGAACUCCCCCAUCCCUUGGCACAGGCUGUCCUCACCACCACCUCUGCCUGCCCUUCACAGGGGCCUUUACACCUCCUGUCACUUGGCCUCUGUCACUGCCCUGUGACAGCAGCCACAGCACUCUGGAAUGGCCCCACUCAGAUGCCACCAAGCACAUUUCUGCUGUAAAUACCUGCAGGAAUAAUUUCACCAGCCCCUCCUGCUUUGUUUGC